AUGAUGAUCGACCACCUUCUUGUGGCGGAGCCCACCUGCAGUGAGACCGCGCCGAUCAUCGGCGCCAGAGGCGGAUGCGGAAAGUUGUCUUUCGACUACCGCUAUCUCCUUCUAGUCGCAGUCUUGCCGUUCAUCUACUUACAGAUGCGCCUUUUUGCUACUCAAUCACAGUAUGCUGAUCGGCUUGCGGAUGCUAUCGAGGCAGAAACCCAAUGCACUAGACAGACGCGGUUAUUGAUUGAUCAGAUCAGCAUGCAACAAGGGCGGAUUCUUUCUCUUGAAGAAGAAAUGAAACGUCAGGAACAAGAAUGCAGACAGUUAAGAGCACUUGUUCAGGAUCUUCAAGGGAAAGGUCUCGCGAAAUUGAUGGGUGAUGUACAGGCUCCUGUAGCAGCAGUUGUAGUGAUGGCCUGUAACCGUGCCGAUUACCUUGACAAGACUAUCAAGUCUAUUCUAAAAUAUCAGAGUCCGGUUGCAUCAAGAUAUCCUCUUUUCGUAUCACAGGAUGGAUCAGAUCCUCAUGUUAAAAGUAAGGCGUUGAGCUAUGAUCAGCUAACGUACAUGCAGAAUAUCCCGUCACCUGCCUUCUUCCUUCAAAUCGCCGUCACCGAAUCAAUGGUGCAUUUGUCGGAGGUUCUCGAUUCUGCCGCCGAAUCGGUGUCGCAGCUGUUGCGGGGCUGGUGGUGGUUGGUGUCCGGAACGGAUUUGAUGAUGGUUGUCCGCGGCGGGGCUCAUGGUGGUUGGUAG